CGAGGAGCUAUUUGAUGUUGUGCUCAUGACUAACCAGGCACACGAUGACCAAAGACUCAUCAAAACCAUCAAGCAUCACCAGUUGUACAUUGAAGGCUACCGUUUGAAAGGAGAAAAUAUUCCCAUAAGCGACUUGAAGGCCUGCCACAUUAACCUAUACCUGUCUGAUGAUCCAGUCAGGGUUCGACAAGUUCUGGAGGCAGGUAUAGCAGCAGCCACCAUGGUCCCCCCAAAGGAGAUCACAGAGGUGUCUCAGACUGAGCUGCGUGUUGUCUUUGACGGUGACGGGGUCCUCUUCUCUGAUGAGUCUGAGCGCAUUUUCCAGGAAGGAGCACUGGCCCAGUACUUAGAGCACGAGAAGACACACGAGAACCAGCCUCUGAACCCUGGACCACUGAAAGGUUUCCUGGAGGCGUUAGGAAAGCUGCAGAAGAAGUUUUCUGACAAAUGCAAGGACUGCCCCAUCAAGACCUACAUGGUGACAGCUCGCGACUCAGUCAUGGCUGGUCCCAGAGCCCUGAAAACUGUGCAAUCAUGGGAUCUGGAGAUGAAUGAGUCUUUCUUACUGAAAGGGGAACCCAAGGGCCCCACGCUGGAGAAGAUCAGGCCACACAUUUUCCUUGAUGACCAGAUGAGACAUGUGAAUGGGGCAGCAGAAGUGGGGACAGUGGCGUGCCAUGUGCCCUAUGGGAU